UAUUCGAGCGUAAUGAACUGAGAAGAAAUCAUGAAAUACCCCAUCGUUAUAAGCCGUACACUAGCAGCCUAGCAACUGCAGUUGAAGAAGGUAGCAAAGUCGACAGAUCAGAGCAACAAAAAAACAGCAGUAGUUUGCUUGAUAGCUUUUCAACUGACGCGAAAUACACAGAGGCAUCUGACCCUUCAUUUAUAUUCGAUUCAGACAGAACAAAUGUAAAACAACCUCGAUUAAAGGAUCCUACAGCUCUAUCGCAGAGUAGAACGAAAGAGUUAAAUCAGCUUUGGGAUAGAUUCAAAAGGAACUUUGAACAAGUUGAUGGUAGUGGCAGGCAAGAAACUCUUGAAAAAAUCGGCGUAUUAAAUGAAUUAUUAGUUGGCUCUAAACAGAAUGUUACGCCUUCAGUAAAAAAAGCAGAGGGUUUUGGCAGCCCUCAAGCACCGGUUUCUUUCGAUGAUUCAAGAAGAACAAAGGGUAAUAAAUCAAACAUUGUAAACUCGCAACAAAACUGUCCACUUUGUGGGAAGCGCAACCUUCGAGAGAGAAGCACAAGCAAGUCUCCUCUACAUGGCGGUCAGGAAGUCGAUUCUCCUCUUCUUCUUCACAUGUGGACACAGACAACGCCCUUGUAUUCGACCACUGAGUCUUCUAAUGCCGAAUCUAAGGAAGUGAAAUUUGGUACAGAGAAACCUAAGGUAAAUGCCCAAGUGGAAUACAGCACUGCUGACAAAGAGAAUUUCAAAGAGGCAAAGGAUAGUUCUAAUAUUGAAAAUUUCGAUUUGAAAAUUAGCGAUAUGAAGAAGCCUAAUCCUAAUCCUUUGUCUUGGAACUUGGUCAUCAAAGAUAUGCCAAAGAAAACUGAUCGAAAGUGCCUUCCGAAGAAGGACUUGCAGGUGCCAUCUGCGCCACAAAGAAAGAAAAAAGAGCCGGUUUUUACUGCCUGGUUUCAGUCUACUAGAUCAGAUGCUUCUGGUGGAUCAAUAGUACCACUUUCAUCUGUGCCAAACCUUGCAGAUACCUACAGAGACAACAAGCCUAAGCCAAAAGUAAUUAUCGAAAAAACAACUGCAAAGGAUACUAAGUCUGUUGUUAGGGUUGGGCUCCAAGAGGCAUUCCAGUUCGCAAAGAGUGAUUUUAUUCGAAGAUCGAGAUUGAGGAUGGAAAAUGUUAAGAAUGCAAAGACACGAGUUAAAAAGAAAAAUACAAAAAACCUUCAGGAGCGCCACCUAAAUGACGCUGUUUUGACAUGCAUUGAGAAACAGAGCUAUCCACCCACUGUUGAACACCUUUUCAAACCAAAGAAACGUCAUAUAAGCAGAAAAGAAAUGCUGGACCAAAAUAGAAAAAAGUACGAGGCUUUACCUGAAGUUGUUAAACGUCGGGAGGAGGAAAAAAGGAAUGCGCGAUACCAGCGAAACAGAAUCAUGAUGAAACAAUUUGAUAAGAAAUUGCGGGCAAGAUUGCUGAGCCAAAAGAAGCAAUAGAACAUCACAAGGCUUCGUUUUUGAAGUUAGUGCCUAAUUUAAUUGGUUCCCAUUCAGAACAUUUAGACACUAUUUCCUCACUGGUUUUCAUUUAUAUCAAUGUUUGUGUAAAGGAAAUCUUUCUCUAACCGUGCAUCCAACGAUUUUAAAUUCGUUCAAAUUCCAAUUCAUUAUUUAAUCCACGAGUUGUGUUUCUUAUACCUCUGAAAAAACUUAUGCAAGUUUGGUUAGCUGUUGGUUGGUAUUAUGUCUGCCAACAACAUCUGCCUUGGUGAUCAUACAAGUUGGAAAAUGGAGGAAUGCUCUCCCUUUAGUUAGUUAAACCAAGUGAGUCAGUUUUGGAUUUCUGAGUUCAUUCAAAAGUCAUUGGUGUACUUGUUCCUUUUUGAGGCAUUUAUUCCUUUUGAUUUGACGAUUAAAGCUUCCUUUCGAUGAAAACCCUCUGCUACCUCAUUGUUGCCAGCCCAACAGAGAAAAUGAUAAAUACUAAUUCGAUCGAAGCUUCUUAUAGAAAAUAAUUGUAGAGAUAUGAAAGACAUCGAUUGCUCUGUCAUUUCUGUAAUUUUGGAUAACUAUCUUGAAAAUAGUGACCUUCUGCUCUGCUUGAAACCGUUGCUGACUGCCUUCAAGCUUCACCUUCAGGCUCCUUUGCGGCGUAUUUUCUUUUGCCACAAGAACAAUGUUGUCUGCAUGGGUUAUCAUAACAGUGUCUUCGUCCGGGCAGAUAGUUUGAUAGUGGAGUUGUCACUUCAAAAAUUUCUUGACACGUGAAUGCUGUCAAGAGCAUUUCAUACUUUGAAAAAACUGUAUUGAUGAUUUUGCAUAUGUUUGCACCUUUGCAUUAAAAGUUUGAGCAUGUUUUUCAAAAAUUACAUAAAGAACUGUAAGAACAGCGACACUGUCACUCAAUAAAGAUUUUGAGGACCCAAAGAUCUCUCCUUAUGCUUGCAUAGGGUCUCACUUCAAAAUGACUUUAAAAAAAUCAAUCAUUUGAUAACAUAUUGGCUAAAAGCUUUUAACAAUUUAUUAUAAAUGUUUGCUUUUUCAAAGCCAUUUUCAAGUUUUGUACUGCCAAAAAAACUGUCUUACUGCACUUGUUUUUUUAUUCUGAUGUUACAAAUCAAUAAAAGCUUGAAUUCAAGAAAAAUCUAAGGUGCCCACAUGGAAAGUGUUAAGGGCCCCACUGGGAAAUUCCCCGAGUGCCGGUGGGCCACCACGCCCCUGCUUAUCACCAGGCACCGCCAGCCAUUGGGGUAGCAGGGGCUAUAGCCCCUCCACUUUUUUGCGAUGAUACGUUAGAAAACGUUCAUGAAAGUUUACUCUAACUAUGGUCCUAUUAAACAUUGAAUAGUAUACUCCUAAGAAGUAGCAGUUUUUCUUGACUGGGAACUUUUUGUUAAUUCUCUAGGUGUUUUUCUUGAUGUUUUAUUAUCCCAAAUCUAAUUUUAUCUAUUUUUAUAACUAUUGAUAUCUUCCCUGAACCAGAUUGUUUAUAAAACCCCAGUAGAAAUAAGCCAGUAUUUCCUGAAAGGGGCGUUUCCGGCGUUCCAGAGGGCGUAGCCUAAAAAAAUUCGGUCACGCCCUUUUCAGCCCUCCCACUGGUGCGCGGUCCCUGCUGAUCAUUCUUCUUGAAAGGACCUCAGUCGCAGUCUUCAUUUUUUCAAGAUUGGUCUUUCUGAUGGAGAUUGACUUCUGAUUUCUUCGUGCUAGAUGUCAAGGCUGUGUUUACACGAUAUCGGCCAAAAAUUUGGCCUGCUUUUGUAGCCGACCACAAGUGGGGUCACUUCAACGUCACGUUUACACGGGGUCGUCCGAAAAUUUGGCCUGCUUUCCAAGCCGACCACAAAUGGGGUCACUUAAACGUUACAUUUACACGAGGUCGGCCAAAAAUUUGGCCUGCUUUCGAAUCCGGCCACAAAUGGGGUCACUUAGGUUUGCCAGGGGUGAAAAAAUAUUCUACUUUCUAGGACCAUAGAAAAUGUUGAAAAAAAUUUCUGCAGUAUAUCAAAAACAUGUGACAAAACAGAACGUGGAAACUCUUAUUCCAACGGGAUUUAUUAAUGAAGUAGCCAGUAAAUUAGUUAGUCCGUGGUCAAGUUGAAUGAUAAAAUACACUAAGGAGGAUGAAACAAAGUUUUGUAAUGUUCUUACUUUUAAAAUGAUGGAAAGGUUCUAAGCCACUUUUUCAAACUGUUUGUGUUCUACUCCAUGCAAGGUAAUUUGCUAUUUUCAUUGAGAAGUCUAUCCGACAUUUUUGAGUCUAUGUGAAUGUAAUCUUUGAGAUGGUCUGACAAGGAUGCUCUAUAGAAAUGCCAGUUCUGUUCCUUCCAGUAUCUAUCAUUGACUCCUCAAUGUCCCUGUCGCAAUGAGAGAUGUUGGGCCAUUCACUGCAAUGAAAGACUCUUUAUUUCAUAUUUUCUUCUCCCAUAUUUCUGGUACCAUCAAAAUGAUACUGAUACAUAGAAACCAUUGACUCCAGAAUCGACUCACAUGACUGCUUGACACAAGAUACAGCAAUAGCCUGCAUUACCAUCUCUAUGCCUACAAAUGAAGUAUUUGCAGGGUUGAAAAACUUUUUAAUGAGCUGGAACACUGUGUAGCUUGAUGUUGACAGCUGAAGUCUUUUCAAAAAUUCUUUGUAGGGACCUCGCAGGUAUUGCCAAAACUGCUUCCCUGAACUUGGGGAAGUCUGUUUCAGCAAUCUUUAUUCUUCCUCAAUCUAGCUGGUGUAACUUAACAGCAAGUGCAGACUGGUCAAUAAAUCACUUUGCAGGGCUGCCGGAGCAAGGGGGCCGCGGGGGGACAGGCCUCCCUGUUUGCAAAAGUGUAAACAAGUGCCCCUUUUUAAAAAAUAUAUUGCGUGUAUUUUUUCAUUGCCAGAGAUUCUGCCUUUAGAAGCUAAGUGAAAUAAAUUGAAUCUGGGCGUUGUUGGAGAACCAUUCACUGAAAUUUCCUUAAACUUUUACUUGGUCUUGAUGCAAAAAGUGCAAGCUCCUGUGAUGAACAACAUUAAUUGCGAAGGAGACUGCCAGUUUUGCGAAAAAAUUUUCUUUAGUAUAUCUUCAGCAACAAAUGCAUCACUGAAUGGUUCGCAUCAAGUCCUCGGCGAGCACAGUCAACUGGUCCAAUGGAUAUUGUAUAUGUUCCUGAAAGUAGAAACUGGACCCCUAUCUCUGAUUCUGGGUUGCGUAAAAUGUAACCUAUUCUUUGACUUUGCCAAAAUUGUGUAACUCCUUUUGCUGUGAAUAUUCAAGCUUGAGCACGACAUUUUUUAUACCAAUUCAUGUUAGAACGAUUCUUUUUCAAAAAAUUUAUAAAUUGGUAUGUCAAAAAACAGAAUUCACUAAAUUUGAUUUUAACAACAAUCCCUUAUGGUGUAAAACUAUAACUGCAUUAUAUUGCUUACUUUUUCUGAAAAAAGAAAAAGUUGUGUCCCUGCAAUGAGUACAUGUGAGCAAAGACUUAACAAAGACUUAAAUUUCUUAUCUAGGAUUAGAACUAUAUACAAGACUAGAUGCUACUGCAAAAUUUGUUGUACUUCAAUAUGCCAUUGGUUUACUUAAAAAAUUAUCUGUAACAUCAUAUCUGUAAAUCUCUUUUGUGUUUCCUGUGACUGAUUAAAAAAGCAACCCUAUUUUCAAGAUUCUAUGUCCCAGAAUUCUAGCUUCAAGACCACCCUUUUCUCAAAGUUUUUCGGAACUCACAUGUAAUACGUUUGACCAACUGACUGAGCCCGCUGGGAUCAAGUCUAAGGAGAGUUAAAAACUUGUUUCGUUCAUAAGACUGAUGAGAUCAACCUAAUCAAAGUUGCAAAUUAAUUUUGCUUUGGCAGUGAAGAAUGUGCUCGCACCUUCAGCCGAUUGCGUUAAGAUGACUUAAACAUAAAAUUUUGUAGCUUUCAAAAAAAAUUCAACGGAGGCGAACAAAUUUAUGUGUUCAAGUGGUGAUGGAACGGCGCGAAUGCCAAGGGAGACUUAAUUGUUUAAAUUUAAAAGUGAGAAAAUUGAAAUCAUUAUUCGAAUGAGCUUUUGAUAAUUAUAGGGACUGAAACUUCCCUUUGAAAGGGAGAGGGACCUGAAUUGGCUUUGAAGUAUAUAGAGACUAAGAAUUUGAAAAUUCUAUUCAGUUCAUAUUUGGGUUGGGUUCGUUGGUAUGCUGCAAUAGAUCUGAACUUUUGUUGAGUAUAUUGCGUCUGCCACAAGUAUGAAAGAAGGGUGUGUGCCUGCUUCUUACCCGGGGCCAAAUCCACUUACAAUGCAAUUAUAAGGAAAAUAAGUACAGCGUAUUGUAAUAGAGAUUUAAAUAGUACAUGGAAAAAAGAUUUACACUCUCAAAAAACUUUGGUUUGCCAUGAGAUGGGAAGCUAUCCAAUUAAUUAUGAUCAAGAGUGCGUGGUCCCUAAAUGGAGUAUAUAGCCAUCUAUCUACUUUCUGUGAAGAUAGUUAUCACUAUGCCCAGCGUGUUUCAAUAUUUUUAUAAAUGUCUAAAUUACCAUGAAAUCUGUACAAUUUUUGACACUUACUAAUGUUUCGGAUAUAAAUUAUUCGUGCCCUUUUAAUUCGUUUUGGCCUCCCUGUUCAAACCUGCGUCCGGCGGGUUUGCUUUGCGUUAUGAAUCAUAUCAUUUGAUGCUUGAUCAUACACAUCAGAUUUCAAACCACUGUGUAUUUCUCUCAGCAAACACAGUAUUUGCUUGUUUGAUGUUGCUUCAGAAUCAGGUUUCAUCCUCACGGUCAGAGACUGACUUUGUGAUUCAUUUUGCAGGCCAGCAGCUUGAAUCCCACACUGGGAGACAAUAAGUAUUCCCCUGAUUUCAUUCUUUUCUUUCAAGCCUUCUUUGUCUGCUUGGUUUAAUGGUCACAAGCACCUCUGCUUUCUUGAUUCUGGUGCCAGUGAGUUACAUUUGCUGUGGUCAUCUAAGCCCUCCUCCAUUUAAGGAAGAACAUCAACAGCUGCCAUAAAAAGCUCCAAUCUUUCAUGUGGCAAUAGGUGAACCAUUUGAGCAACAUUCAAUAUCAAGCCAAAUUGCCCAUAUGCACCUGCUAGACCAGACAGUGUGAGCAGGAAACAGGUUUUUGGUAUCUUCUCCUUAAGCUCUCAUGCCUUUUUGCCUUUUCCCUCACUUUUGAAUUUGCAGGUUCUGUCCCUGAUAUGUUCUUCACCCCAUCUAAGAUUUGUUCCUCCAAGCAGGUCAUUACUGCUGGGAACUCAUGAUGUAUGUUUUUAUAUACCUAUCUUCUGCUGUUGGCAAAUCUUGUCUCUGGAAACCCCACUAAACUUUGCAAGUUAAGUUUAGUGCUGUAGCUGCCACAAGCUUUUCAUAACUGGCUCCCCAGUUAAAUAGGGUAAAUAGGUUGCUGGCAAAUGUGUUUGUCUUCUACAACCCAUGAAAAUUCUUUCUUUUUGCAUGUGUGUGUCUAUAAGUACAUUUUUGUGCAAUGUGUCAUAGCUGAACAGUAUGUCCCCAUCAUUGGUUCAUAAAGAUAAUUGAAGUGCUUCUGUAUACUACAGUGGAAGUAGACACCAUCAAAUAAACCCCUCCUAUUUGACAAGCUGCAAUGUAAAAUUCAUCAAAGCCAGCUUUCAUGUUCUGGGUGAGGCUGCCCACAGCUGAUAAUCUCAAUGAGAUUUCAGCAAGGAGAUUCCAAUUUUCAUUUUUUUUUUGCUUUUUGCUGGCUUAUUCAAAACAAAAAAACACAAGUUUCGAGACUAAGCAGAACAGAUUGCCAACAUUACUGCACAUGAACAACAAUAAUAUAAUAUUCUCACUGAGAUUUUAACUUUGUCUUCUCUCCUCUCUUCCCUUUUUCUCUCUUCCCCUCUUUCUUUCUUCUUUUUUCUUCCUCUUUAUCCCCCUUUUUUUCUUCUUUUUUUCUUUUCCUCCUUUUUUUUCUGGAGACCCAAAAAAUUUCUGGGACCGUUGGUCUCGUGGUCGGAUACUUUUUCCACCCCUGGGCGUUGCGUUUACACGGGGCCGGCCAAAAAUUUUUCGCUUUCGGAGCUGCUUUCGAAGCCGGCCACAAAUGAGGUCACUUAGGCGUUGCGUUUACACGGGAUCGCUCAAAUGGCCUAAUUUUUUUGACUUGCGCAAUGUGUCAGAAACUUGGCGUCGAAAAUUGUUGUAAAUAAAGAGCUUAUUGGUCGGUAAAAUAUUUGGUCACUUGGACCUUGUGUUUACACGGGGCCGGCUAAACGACCUCGGGUUUUGUCGCUUAGGCGUCCAAAUAUUCGGCAACCUAGGAGAGCGUCCUUCAUGAAACCAAAGUCUUUGAUGAAACUUGGCCGGCCAAAUUCGCGAGCGGCCUCGUAUAAGCGGUUACGGCCGGCCAAAAAUUUGCACGGUACCACAAAGAGGGUGUCGAUGCAUGCUACAGAGGCAUCCAAAAAUUGGCAAAUCAAAGUUUCGGGACCAAAUGUUAGUGUAUCGUUGUUGGUUGAGGUCACUGAUUAGAUUUUUCGUUUGUAGCUUUUGCUUAUUGUUUGUUUUGCUGGAAAUAUGGACGACUUUCGUCGAAAGAUUCAUUUUAACAUGCAUAAAAAUUUUAAAAAGCAUAGCAAACGGCGCAAAUUUCCAAACAUUGAUAGCAAUUGUGUCAGCCAUCCUCCUUUAAAAGCAUUUUGCGAAGAAAGCACACGAGAACAGAGAAAGCGAAUGAUAGAAGCUCUUUUGUUAGCUUUUUGUUUACGAUGAUUUUGGGCGCCAAGCUUUUGACGCAUUGCGCAAGUUAUAAGAAUUAGGCCACUUGAGCGGCCCCUUGUAAACUCAACGCCUAAGUGACCUCAUUCGCGAAAGGACAAACAAGAUCUUGUCAUAAAGGGAAAUAUAUUGAAUGACAUAUUAAUCAAGUCGGAUGGGAAGACAUGGUCUUCACCUGAAUCAGCGAGCAAAUUCCCAACUUGCAAAAACCAGCAUAAGUAAGCUAAAAUCUUUUUGAAUGAGAAAUAAUGCCUCACACCAAGAUACAUUUCCAUCAAAGCAUUUCGUAAAAAAAAUGUCGAUAAAAGUUUCGUAGAAGAAGUAAGUGUCCCUGAAAGACUAAAUGAAUUACGACUCAUAAACAAAAACAGUCUAAUCCAAGGUUAUAUUAAUUUAAAUUCUAUCAGAAACAAGAUUGAACUUUGUAAGUCUAUUAUAUUAGAAGGUAGUGUUGAUGUUAUCACCAUAGCUGUAACAAAACUUGAUGAGACCUUUUCUUCCAGCUAGUUUGUUAUUGAAGGCUUUAUGAGACCAUUUCGUCUCGACCGUAACAAAAAUGGAGAUUGACAAUUAGUUUACACAAAAGAAGGCCUUCCGGUUAAGCAACUCUUAAAUUACAAUUUCCCUCCAAACAUUGAAGCGAUAGCUGUAGAAAUUAAUCUGAAAAAACAAAAAUGGCUACUCCUCUGUAUGUAUCGCCCACCAUCUCAGUGCCAACAAUUUUUCUUCGCUAAAAUAGAAAAAUGCCUAGACUCUUUAGCAACAAAUUUGAAAACUUUCUGUUAUUGGGGGACCUAAACUGCGAAAUAAGUGACAGUAAAAUAAAAUAUUUCAUGGAUAGCUACAACUUUGCUAGUAUUGUCAAAGAGAGUCAAAAAUAGAGAAAAAUAGAGCCUUAAAAGCACGACAACAUUUGAAACGGGGCUUUCUGACUUUCACACAAUGAUCCUGACAGCUCUCAAAGGCGGGUAUAUCAAGAAAGGUCCGAGGAUAAUUCAAUACAGGACUAUACAAAGUUUAGCACGAUAAACUUUACACAUGAUAUUGCUAAUACCAUAAACGAUUUAUCAGGAAAAGUGUCCUUUGAUUGUAUAAACACAAACUUGUUAAAAGUACUUUAUCAGCAUGCGCCAAUCAAGAAAAAAUAUGUUCGUGCAAAUGAUGGUCGGUUCAUGACCAAAGAACUGCGAAAAGCAAUAAUGCACCGAUCUAAGCUAAAGAAUAAAUACAACAGAAAUAAGACCAACGAAAACUGGAAAGCAUACAAGCAUCAGUGAAGUAAUUGUCUGGCAAUAUUAAGGAAAUCUAAAAUAAUUUAUUACAGAAAUUUAGACACCCAAAAUUUUGCAGACAAUAGAAAGUUCUGGAAAACAGUCAAACCGGUUCUCACGGAUAAAGUACAAGUAUC